AAAUACCUAUGUACCUUCAUUACAUAUUUACGGACUAAAAAAAAAUUUGAAAUAUUUUUUUGUUUCUUCUUAUGUAAAGUAUCUGUCAUGGCUUUUUUUGAAUAUGUUUAACAUUAAAAUGUUCUCUGUGUCAAGUUCCACCAACGUAUCAAAGUGUUUGCAGCCGACAUAACUUAAUCGCAAGUGAACUGUGCCUUACACCUCCGUGGUCUCCUCAAUCAGGUUGUCUACAACAUGAGCCGUAACUUCCUGGAUUAUCCUGUCUUCUGUCAGAUCAGAAGCAAGGUUAUUGUCUUAAUACCCAUCUUGUCAAGUCUUCUGCAGAAUCUUGCAGAAUGUUUUGAUUUCAUCACAAAGUGUGCAGUCAUUUAGAAGAUGUUUUGAAAGAACACAGUGAGAAAGCAUAUUAUUCCCAACAUAAUCCAACACUGUUUCUACUCAUGCAAAAAUAAUGGCUGACCAAGAUGACAAUUGUACUAGUACAGUAGAAAUAAAUAAGGAGAGUGAAAAUGUAGAUUCAAGUGAUGACUCAGUAUUGCAAGACAAUUCGGUUUCUGCUUCAAAUGUUUUAACUACUACAACAAAUGUAAGUGGGGCAGGCUUGGAUAGUGUUGCUAGUGAUGCAGUUUCUGCCACAUCAAGCACUGUAGCAACGAAAACUGUAGCUGACAUUCUUCAGAAAGAGACGGCUGUCAUAAAUUCAUCAGACGAUGACAAAGGGACAGUCAGCAGCGAUGUGGUUAGUACUUCUGGAGUUGAACCCGUGACCAACAACAAUUCAGAUGCCAACACUGCGUCAGCCACCAACAAAAAUUCAGAAGCCAACGUUGCUGCCCCCAAUUAUGAAUUUGAUGGUGAAUGCUAUUGUUACACUGACAAAGCAUCGGGCAUCACAUACAAAUUCGAUAAUGAUAAGCAGGAGUGGAUUAUCAAAGAAACCCAGCCAAAGAAUAAUGCAGUCACACACACAGACAAUGAAAGUGAAGAGGAGGAUGACGAUAUAGAUGAAGAUGGCAAUAAAAAUCGUUUGAAGUUCAGAAAGCAAGACAUGAGCUCUGGUGUAUACAGCUUUGAAGAUGACACCCACGUCUACACCGAUCCAACAGAUGGUACCAAAUAUCUUUGGGACAAGGAGAAAAAUGCAUGGUUUCCCAAAAUUGAUGAAGAUUUUCUCGCCCAGUAUCAAAUGAACUAUGGCUUCACAGAUGAUGAUGCUAAAAAAUCUGAGCCCCAAGACUCGAAGAAAGUUGAAACCCCAGAGGAGAAAGAGGAGUUGAAGCGUAAAGCUCCUGCAAAGCCUUCGUGGUUCGAGAUUGACGAAGAACAUAACAAUAAGGUUUACGUAAAUAAUUUGCCAGAAGACAUUACAGAGCAGGAGUUUGUUGACUUCAUGCAAAAAUGUGGUCUCAUCAUGAAGGACCCAGAUACAGGUAAAUUGAAGAUUAAACUGUAUACUGUUUCUGGGUCUGACCAGUUGAAAGGGGAUGGUCUAUGUACGUACAUCAGAAUCGAGUCUGUUGAUUUAGCCUUGAAAGUCCUAGAUGGGUCCGAUUUGCGAGGGCAUAAAGUCUCUGUGGAGAGAGCGAAAUUCCAGAUGAAAGGAGAUUACAAUCCAACCCUCAAACCUAAGAAGAAAAGGAAGAAAGACAAAGAGAAAGUCAAGAAGCUACAAGAGAAGUUGUUGGACUGGCGCCCAGACAUGCUGCGUGGGGAGCGCCCGAAGCAUGAAAGAGUCGUCAUAUUGAAGAACCUAUUUGAGCCCUCCUUGUUCGAGAAGAACGUCCCGCUUAUACUUGAGUACCAGCAAGAUUUGCGCGAAGAAUGUGCCAAAUUUGGUGUGGUGAGGAAAGUCGUAAUCCACGACAGACACCCUGAAGGUGUGGCAGAGGUUGUCUUCGCUGAUCCAGAGGAGGCAGAUAUCUGCGUGAAGUUUCUGAAUGGCCGAUGGUACAGUCAGAGGCAGCUGAGGGCACACUCGUGGGAUGGGAAAACUAAGUACAGAAUUGUUGAAACAGAAGAGCAGACCAAGGAGCGCUUAGCGAAAUGGAACAGUUUCUUGGAGAAGGGAGAAGAAAAGAAGUAGUUUCAUUUUGUUUGCAUUGUCAUUUAAGUUUUGCAAGUAAAAUAUUGUAAUGAAACAAAAAAAAUCAUUAUAAAAUUGUAUAUAGACACAGCAACUUUUAUUUUUGUUUUGUUUUAGAAAAAACUGAGUGUACAUACCUGAAACUUUUUUUUUUUUUUAUUUUUUUUGAGUUUUACAGUUGUGACAAUUCAUUUUGGUUGAUAUUAGCCCAGUCAUAUUUUAUGUUGUUCUGUAAGUGAUUUAUGUUGUGAGCAUGGUAGUGAUGUUUGAAUUUAAAGAUAGGGAUUAGUUUUAUUCAUUAAUUUGAAAAUGCAUAGUCUACUUAUUCAUGUAUUAGUUUUCCGUUGUUUGUUUCAGAAGGCAUGAUGGUUGGCAUUAUUAACCAUGUAUUAAAGUAACUAUAAUGUGUUAAGUAUAGGUUAAUACUGACCACAAGAGUUAUAUUAAAUGCAGUGGUUAUGAUUUGCAUUACCUAUUAAAUUUAUUUAUUAUGGAAA